AUGUUAACCUCAAGGGGCUCAUUAAUAUGCAUGACACGGCUGUUCAUGUGCAACGGCCACGUGGUACUCAUGACACAGAGAAAUACAGAGGUGAACAUUGAACGAGCGGUGAACAUGGGCGGGGUUCCGACUCCAAUCCCAAAGACUCCAAUCCCAAAGACUCCAAUCCCAAAGACUCCAAUCCCAGAGACUCCAAUCCCAGAGACUCCAAUCCCAGAGACUCCAAUCCCAAAGACUCCAAUCCCAGAGACUCCAAUCCCAAAGACUCCAAUCCCAAAGACUCCAAUCCCAAAGACUCCAAUCCCAGAGACUCCAAUCCCAAAGACUCCAAUCCCAAGACUCCAAUCCAAAGGGCUCCAAUCCAAAGGGCUCCCAAACCCCAGGAGACUCUUUAAACCCAAAAACUCCAAUCCCCGAGACUCCAACCCAAAGACUCCAAUCCAAAGACUCCAAUCCAAGACUCCAAUCCCAAACCUAAUCCCCGAGACUCCAAUCCCAAAGACUCCAAACCCCAAAGACUUUAAACCAAGACUCCAAACCCAAGACUCCAUUUCUAUAGACUCUAAUCCCAAAAGACUCCAAUCCCAAAGACUCAUCCCCAAAAAUCACCUAAUCCCAAAGACUCCAAACCAAAGACUCCAAUCAAAGGGCUCCCUAUCCCAAAAGACUCCAAUCCCGAGACUCCCAAACCAAGACUCAAAUCCGCAAGACUCCAAUCCAAAGGACUCCAAUCCCAAAGACUCCAAUCCAGAGACUCCAUCCCAAAGACUCCAAUCCCCAAAAACUCCAAUCCAAACUCCUCAGCAUAGACUAACGAACGAGUGUCUUGUGUCUCAAGGCUUCGAAAACGAGCAACCGGCGGGGAGCAAGAACAGCGCAAUGAUCGCGGAGACAAGCAGAAGGCCAGAGCAGCAGGCCAGAGGAAGCAAGAGGCAGGAGAGCAGUGAGCGCCCGUCGUAUCAAGAGGCAUCGAGGGUCACGUGUUUUCAUGACGCGCAUUCUCCUUCGUGA